AUGACGGACAAAUCGGUGUGGGACAAGGAGAUUCCCGUGCCAGCAAGCCUCAUAGCGUAUGUCGACGAUGCGGUAAUUGCAAAGCUUCCUCCUGGGACCACGCCGACAGACAUCGCCCCGAGCGGAGCCUCGUAUUGGGCCCGCACGGCCAAGAUCAGCGCCACCGAUGCGGACGGCAACGAGACGGCCUUCUUCAUGAAGGUGCAUCACGGUGACCACGGCAAGAACAUGGUAUCUAAUGAAUACCAAUCCAUGGCAAUCCUGUACAAGGCAAUGCCGGAGCUGGUCGCAGAGCCCCUGGGAUGGGGUAGCUACCAAGACGACCCGGAAGCCUACUUCUUCCUGUGCCGUUUCCACGAAAUGUCGGACGACGUCCCCGACGCCGCCGAGUUCACCGAGCUGAUCGCCAAGAUGCACAAGGACAACCCGUCCCCCACGGGCCAGUUCGGGUUCCCGUUGGUCACGUACGGUGGCAGGAAUCCACAGUUCUUCCCUGUGACCAAGAGUUGGGAAGAAUGCUUCAGCACGGGCUUGAAGAUGAUCUUUGACCUGGAAGAACAGACGCAGGGGCCGGACGAAGAGCUUGCCGUGCUCCGCAAGGGUUUCUUCGAGCUCGUCAUCCCGCGGCUGUUGCGGCCCCUCGAGACCGAGGGCAGGACGCUGACUCCCAGGCUCGUCCACGGCGAUCUGUGGGAUGGCAACACCUCGGUCGAUGUCAACACUGGCAAGCUCAUGAUUUUCGACGCUACGCCUCUCUAUGCCCACAACGAAUACGAGAUGGGCCCAUGGUGGUGCUCUCGCCACAAGAUGACGGAUCAGUACAUCAACGAGUACAUCAAACACUUCCAGAUGACAGAUCCCGUCGAGGACUUCAACGAUCGCGGCCUGAUCUAUAACUUGUAG